AUGCAAACAUUUCACCGACUCCGAUUGACGCCUUCAUUCGCGCAAACUCGGCGAUGCGCGCGCCCUGGUCUCCGAUCACCCACACCUCUUUUCCCUUCAAAUCGUCUGAUUCGCCUUGCAGCGACCGUGUCAAUUCCUCGAAAACUCGAUCUCCCAGCGCUUGACAAAAAAUGGCAAACAAAAUGGGAGUCCACGGGCGCGUCAUCAAGACCGACCUUGGAGACGAGCUCAGAACCCAAGCCCAAGUCCUACGUCCUUUCGAUGUUUCCAUACCCCUCUGGUACACUGCACAUGGGCCAUCUUCGAGUGUACACGAUAUCUGACGUGAUAUCGCGGUACUACAAGAUGCGCGGCCAUGAUGUCUUACACCCCAUGGGGUGGGAUGCGUUCGGACUGCCAGCAGAGAAUGCUGCGAUCGAGCGUGGCGUGGAUCCAGCGGCUUGGACGAAGCAGAAUAUCACGAAGAUGAAGGAGCAGUUGAGAUGUAUCUCGGCUUCGUUUGACUGGGACAGGGAACUGGCAACCUGCGCACCCGAAUUUUACGAGCAAACACAGCGGAUUUUCCUGAUGCUAUAUGAGAAGGGAUUGGCAUACCAGGCUGAGGCCUUGGUCAACUAUGACCCCGUUGACAAGACUGUGCUGGCAAACGAACAAGUGGACGCGAAUGGAUUCUCAUGGCGAUCAGGCGCGAAGGUUGAGAAGUUGAACUUGAAACAGUGGUUCUUCCGUAUCACCGAGUUCAAAGAAGCUUUGUUGAAAGAUCUUGACUCACUUUCUGGGGGCUGGCCGGAGCGUGUUUUGUCCAUGCAACGGAACUGGCUUGGGAAAUCACAUGGAGCAAACGUCACCUUCCCAGUCACUGUUGGCGGAGAUGGCCAGGAAGUCACCGUAUUUACGACCCGUCCGGACACCCUGUAUGGCGUUGAGUACCUUGCACUGUCGCUGGAUCAUCCCAUUGUCGCCAAGGCUGCUGAGAAGGACGCAGCACUUCGCAAAUUCUUGGACGAAGCCUCAUCGCUGCCGGCGGAUUCGAAGGCCGGUUAUCGCCUGAAUGAUGUGUUUGCAUCGCAUCCCCUGCGAUUGAUUGACAAUGAAAGUCCGCAUGUUCAGAGGAAGCUGCCCAUCUUUGUGGCACCGUAUGUCCUGAGUGACUACGGAGAGGGGGCUGUGAUGGCUGUCCCUGGUCACGACACUAGAGACAUGGCUUUCUUCAAAGAAAAUGUCAACCCCGAGUACAUCCCCAUUGUCAUUGAACAAGAAUCCUCGGAAAAUGCAACGAGCGACAGCACUGUAUCUGCCAAGGACGCCAAAGCUUUCACCCAGGAUGGUUUCUUGACUUCCCGCUGCGGAAAAUAUCAAGGUCUGCACUCGAAGGAGGCUGCAAAGCAGAUCGUGGCCGACUUGGAAAAGGUCGGAAACGCCAAAUUUGUCGAGUCCUGGCGACUUCGAGACUGGCUGAUCAGCCGGCAGAGAUAUUGGGGAGCACCUAUUCCGAUCAUCCACUGUGGUAACUGUGGUCCUGUUCCAGUACCUGCGAAAGACCUGCCCGUCAAACUGCCCAAGAUUGAAGGAGAAUGGCUGAAGGGCAAGAAGGGCAACCCACUUGAAUCGUCCGAGAAAUGGCUUCACACCAAUUGUCCCAGCUGUGGCGGUCCUGCAAAGCGCGACACAGAUACCAUGGAUACCUUUGUGGAUUCAUCUUGGUAUUAUUUGCGCUUCUUGGACCCUGCGAACAAGGGUGCUCCAUUUUCGCCUUCUGUUGCACGGCCGGUAGAUGUGUAUAUCGGUGGUGUGGAGCAUGCUAUCUUGCAUUUGCUGUACGCUCGAUUCAUUUACAAGUUCCUUGCUCAGUCGGAUCUGUUCCCAGCCAUCUCUCACUCUGAUGAAACUCCGGCCGAGCCUUUCAAGACUCUUUUGUCACAGGGCAUGGUCCACGGCAAGACUUUCACGGAGCCUUCCACCGGCCGAUUCUUGCUCCCGUCGGAAGUGGACUUGUCCAGCCCCGACAAGCCUUUGAUCAGAGGCACCACAAUCACGCCCAAUGUAUCCUUCGAGAAAAUGUCCAAGAGCAAGUACAACGGUGUUGACCCCACUGUCUGCGCGAGCAAAUAUGGCGCAGAUGCCACCCGUGCUCAUAUCCUCUUCUCUGCACCAGUCAGCGAAGUCCUAGAAUGGGACGAGACCAAGAUCGUCGGCGUGGAGCGCUGGUUCGGUCGACUUUGGAAGCUCGUCCACGACACACAGCAAACUCUGACUGACGCAUCCUUCGCGAUCAAUGCGGUCGAUCUGGAGACUUCCAACGGCCACGUCGUGUCCCUUCCACCUUCACUCCAGGACCUGAGCGACUCCGACGCAGAUGCAGUCCUGGCAACGCACAACAUCAUAUCAUCCGUGUCAUCGUGCAUCGAGACAAACCCCUACGGUCUGAACACCGUCAUAUCAGACCUCAUCAAGCUGACCAACGCCUUGUCAUCGGCUCCACCAUCCUCCCCUCUCGCCCUUUACCUAUCAAUCUCCUCUCUCCUCCGUCUCCUCUCCCCAAUCGCACCAGCUCUUGCAUCCGAGUCCUGGGAGAUUCUCCACGAGUCCCUCGUCAAGAACAUGGAUCCCUCAACCCCAGUACCAUCAAUUCUCUCCGCCCCAUGGCCAACUCCACUCCUCACCACAGAACAAGCAGAGGCCCUCUCUGCCCGCGGGGGCCAAACCGUCGCAGUCCAGAUCAAUGGAAAACUGCGUUGCGCCGUGACUAUCCCGCGCAUGGACUCGUCAAUCACCACUCCCUCCCACGGUAAAGCCCCAUCGCAGGAAGAACAAGACUGGAUUAUCAGUCGAGUCUUGGAAACCGCCGAAGGCAAACUGUGGCUCCAGGAGAAGAAUGACUGGGAGAAGCGGCGACGCGUUAUCGUCGUCAAGGGUGGGAAACUGGUGAAUGUCGUGUUCUAG